UAUUUUAGCUCUCCAAGCUUGCUAUCUACCCUUGCAAAUAAUCGAAAAUGGCUAAACCACUUCACGUAGUGAUGCUUCCAUGGUCAGCCUUCGGCCACCUGAUCCCAUUCUUUCACCUCUCCGUAGCUCUAGCCAAAUUUGGAGUUGAAGUCUCCUUCGUAUCAACCCCUAGAAACAUCAAGAGACUGCCUAAACCUCCUCAAGAUCUGGUGACCCUCAUCAAUUUUGUGGGGUUUCCGUUACCAUCCUUGGGCAGCAACGAACUUUAUCCCGAAGGUGCAGAGGCAACGGUGGACUUUCCUUCUUUUGAUCAAAUUCAGCACUUAAAGAUUGCUUACGAUAUGCUUCAACAUCCUGUGAAAAAGUUCGUUGCUGAGCAAUCCCCAGACUGGAUUGUCUGUGAUUUUUAUAAUCACUGGUUGGUCAAUAUUGCUCAAGAAUAUCAAGUCCCUCUUCUUCAUUUCUCAGUUUUCUCAGCAUCAUUCUAUAAUUUUUUAGCACCAGAUUUGCUGGUUUAUAAUAUUACAAAUGCAUCCGGGAUAUCAUCUAAGCAAAGGGUUGGCAGCGUUCUCAAUGGAUGUCAAGCAGUGGCUAUUCGUAGUUGUCCAGAAUUUGAAGGCGAACGCUUGAACUUACUUGAAAAGCAAAUUGGCAAACCUGUGAUUCCUGUGGGUUUACUCACGCCAGAAAACGAAAACAGAAGAGAUAAAAUUACUGAUGAUAGAUGGUGGAAGAUAUUUCAAUGGCUUGAUCAGCAGAAACCAAAAUCAGUUGUUUUUGUUGGGUUUGGUAGUGAGUGUAAGCUUACAAAGGAUCAAGUAUAUGAGAUAGCAUAUGGGCUCGAGUUAUCAGAAUUGCCGUUCUUAUGGGCACUGAGGAAACCUGAGUGGGCUGCUGAUGAUCUUGAAGCUUUGCCUCCAUGUUUCAAUGGAGACAAAGGGAUGGUGUGCAUCGGCUGGGCACCACAGUUAGAAAUUUUAGGGAAUCCAUCGAUUGGGGGGUCAUUGUUUCACGCUGGGUGGGGAUCAAUGAUAGAGACUUUGAAAUUUGGGCAUCGUCUUGUUGUGUUACCAUUCUUAGUCGAUCAGCCUUCUAAUGCAAAGCUAUUGAUUGAAAAGGGUCUUGCUUUGGGAGUGGAAAGAAGAGAAGAUGGAUCGUUUAGCAGGGAUGACAUUGCCAAGGCUUUGAGACGAGCGAUGGUCUCCGUGGAAGGAGAGAGGUUGACGGUUCAAGCUACAGGAGCCACUUCGAUUUUGAAUGAUAAGAAUCUGCAAGAAGAUUAUCUUGGUAGAUUUGUUGACUAUCUGAAGACAAAUGCGGUCACCUACCAAUGCCGUCCAAGCUUGCCAUCUACCCUUGCAAAUAAUCGAAAAUGGCUAAACCACUUCACGUAGUGAUGCUUCCAUGGUCAGCCUUCGGUCGCCUGACGCCAUUCUUUCACCUCUCCAUAGCUUUAGCCAAAUCUGGAGUUGAAGUCUCCUUCAUAUCAACCCCAAGAAACAUCAAGAAGCUGCCUGAACCUCCUCAAAAUUCGGUGACCCCUAUCAGUUUGUGGAGUUUCCGUUACCAUCCUUGGGCAAUGACGAACUUUUUCCAGAAGGUGCAGAGGCAACAGUGGACUUUCCUUCUUUUGAUCAAAUUCAGCACUUAAAGAUUGCUUACGAUAUGCUUCAACAUCCAGUGAAAAAGUCUGUUGCUGAGCAAUCCCCAGACUGGAUUGUCUGUGAUUUUUAUAAUCAUUGGUUGGUCAAUAUUGCUCAAGAAUAUCAAGUCCCUCUUCUUCAUUUCUCAGUUGUCUCAGCAUCAUUCUAUAAUUUUUUAGCACCAGAUUUGCUGGUUUAUAAUAUUACAAAUGCAUCCGGGAUAUCAUUCAGCUUUGUCAACUGAAAUCGACAGCCACGUCUGGAACCAUGGGCUAGGAGAAGACCAGAAGGCCACAAAAACACGAUGACUGUAGCUGAGUCAACAGAACGCGAUGAAAAUCGACAGAAACGUGAUGGUCUUCAAUUCAUCCCCGAUUCGUCUUUGAUUGUUCAUCAGUCAGAGCUUCUUUGCAUGUCAUCGGAGUCGUUGACGGUGACAGAGGGAGAAGAGAGGAUAGAGAUGGUGGCUGUCAGCAGUGGAGUCGUCAGAAAGGAGAAAACCUAAGGAUUUGGAGGUAGAAAAAUCAUUUUUCAAAGUUGAGAUUUGGGGGUGAAAGUCUAUUUUUAAAACU